GCCAUCGUUCAGAUAUCUUGUCACUCGUUAGACCAGUCACUACUUGACUAUUCCGCUCGCUUACAUUCGUCAAAAUGCGUCUCGUCCUUGCUUCCUCUCUGCUGCCUCUCGCAGUCUCCGUUGGAGCUCUGCAGGUUACCGAGCCCGAGAAGGGCGCCGAGAUUGACCCUUCGAGCUCCUUCACUGUGAAGUGGGAUUCCGUCAGCACUGACCCCUCCUCCUUCGACCUCUACCUUGUAAACAACGCCGUGUAUCCCAGCGUCGAGAAGAAGAUCGCCUCGGAUGUUGAUACGUCGGAAGGCUCUUAUACCGUUGACGGCGUUUCUGGUCUUGAAAACGGGGGCGGCUACCAGAUCAAUCUCUUCUCCAACUCCGGUCAUAACACCGGCAUCCUUGCGCAAUCUGAGCAGUUCAAUGUGACCGGCGCAGACAGCACCUCGUCCAGCACCUCGAGCACCACCACCCCUACCUCUACCUCUAGCAAAUCGACUGGGACUGAGUCUACUACUUCCACCUCUACCGGCACAAGCACGACUCUCUCGUCCACUACGCCCACUACCGAGUCAGAGUCUGCUUCCGUGACUCCGUCUUCCUCCGGGUCGUCUACUCCAAGUUCUUCUAACGCUACUGCUAGCGCUACCGGCACUCCGGACGAUCCCAAUGGCGGUGUUACAAUCGGUACUCCCUUGGCAGUCCUUGCUGGCUUGGUUGGUGGCGCUGUGCUGUUCACCCUCUAAGAUCAAUGGGAUCUGAUACCGUGCUAAGGACCAAAACCAAGCGCCAGCUUAUUUUGUUGGCCGCAUUAAGUUGCCGAUCAAGAUAGCACGCGAAUCUAAGCACGGUAUCGUAGGAUAUGAAUGGCGGCUUUCUUUAGAUAUGAUUGUGGUAUUGUUCAGGCCUGGAUUUUCUUUAUGCAAGGAGGCUGCACAGUCGCGGUUGGAUUCGUUUAAUGUUAGUACGGAUUAGAAUAGAAUGAAGGACUAGAA